CGCUAGAUUCAGCAUGUCUGAGUCGAAACGAGGAAGUUUGCCUAUGGCCUAAGGCACGAGUCUUUCCAAGACUCAGGGUGCUUCCACUCCGGAGGAAGUAGAACGCAUGAGAAAUGUUCCUUAUGCGUCGGCCAUUGGAUCCAUCAUGUAUGCGAUGGUAUGUACGAGACCUGAUGUCGCCUUUGCUCUGAGUGUCACGAGUAGAUACCAGUCUAACCCUGGCGAAAGCCAUUGGACGGCUGUGAAGAACAUCCUUAAAUACUUCCGUAGGACUAAGGAUGCCUUCCUGGUAUAUGGCGGAAAAGAAGAGAUCAGUAUUGUUGGAUAUACUAAUGCCAGCUUCCAAACUGAUAGAGAUGACUUCAAGUCGCAGGCAUGGUAUGUGUUUUGUUUGAAUGGCGGAGCUGUUACCUGGAAGGGUUACAAGCAAGAUACUACCGUUGAUUCCACUACAGAAGCAGAGUACAUGGCUGCAGCCGAGGCAGCCAAGGAAGGUGUGUGGCUCAAGAAUUUUAUUACCGAGCUUGGAGUGGUUCCUAGCAUCAAGAACCCUAUACCGUUGUUUUGCGACAACAAUGGGGCAAUUGUACAAGCGAAAGAACCUCGGUCUCAUCAGAAGACCAAACACAUCGUUAGACGUUAUCACAUCAUACGAGAAAUCGUUGCACGUGGGGACGUUGAGAUUUGCAAGAUAGGUACAGACGACAAUAUCGCGGAUCCGUUGACGAAGGCUUUGGGAAAGCCUAAACACGAGAGUCAUACGUGGUCCAUGGGCAUUCGAGAAAUGCUUGAUUCGCCUUAGGGCAAGUGGGAGAUUGUUGUAUUUAGGUGCCCUAGCGGCAAUCAAAUACCUAUGUAACUGUACACUUUAUCAUGAAUGAAAGGCCUUGAAAGCGUGUGUGUGCGUGCGGACAGAACAGAGCAAAACAAAGGAAAGAAAUACAGAGCCUAAUCUUCCAAACUCAAUCCCCAAUUCCAAUUCGAUUAAAUCAAGAGUCAACAACCAUACUCACAAAUCCAUCUUCGAUUAAGGAAUAACAUAUUAAAGGAUAUUAAUCUCCAAAUUAAAUUCUAACAAGAGAUAAACCACGUAAUCAAUCAUACAAAACUACGAACGUGAAUUUCAAAUCUAUAUACAUAAUCUAGCGUUAGAUGUGCAAGUUCUGACCUCGAUUAAUUGACGAAUUAAACAAAACAAUUCAACGGACAAGGAAGUCGAAUUGGCAGACGGUGGCGGGGCUGUUUUCCGGCAAGGGCAAAGCAGCGACGUCGAUCGGCUUCCCGGUGACGGCGAAGCAGCAACGCUGGAGCGGCGGCGGAACAAGGAGAGAGCGGCGGUGAACCGGCGUCAUAGAGGCGGCAGAACUGCUCCUCCUCCGCUGCCCGGCUCUGUUAUCGUGUUCCUGCUCUGUUAUUUAUUGUUUCUCUUUUUUUCUUCUUGCACGGCUGUUCUGUUCUUUCUUGCAUUCUCCGUUUGUGCGUUUAGAUAUAAAUUGGGGGUGGGAUG